AUGUAUGUAUGUACUGCAGUGAAACGGCGCUUCAUCCGGCAAAACCGCGAAAUCGCCCGCGCCAACUCGACCCAGUCGCAACGCGUCCGCAAUCUCGAAACAGAAAUCUCCCGCCUCGUGGCCGAGAACAUAUCCCUGAGAGAACAGAUCAUAGCUGCGCAGGCGGAAGCGGAGCGAUGGCGCGCAACGAGUUCUGUGAAUGCGGAGAUUUUGGAUCUGAGAGACAGACUAAACAGAAAAGUCGAGGAGGUUGCCGAGAUGCUUGUCGAGAUGGGCAAUUUACCGGAAAAAGCUGCGAGGAAGGGCAGACGAAAAAGUAGGCUGGUCAGAGAGACGAUGAGUAGUGCUACGGAACAAGAGUGGAGGAAUAGACUGUCGAUCAGAGAAGCAUUGGCUCAAGAGAAGGGAGGAGAAUUGUAUGACGGACGGUUACCCUCAAUCCACGAGGACAAGCUGUAUCCGCGAAGGACGCUGGAGAAUGCUGAAUUGUUGGCCUUGCAGGAAGAGGCUGCCCUGCAACAAGCGACCGAGUCGCCCGAACUCGGGCCUCCCCCAGUUGCACAUUUUGACGUCGUGUCUGAGCCCCCUGGUCUCGACUCGGCACGGACAUCUGAGGAUGAGAACAUCGGUGAAGAAGUCAUGCAGUUACCAUCAGUCCUGGAAAGGAGGCGGAAACGUCGAACGAGUACCCUCAUCCACGACCUGCCAACAGAAGAAACUCCAGGACCAGAACCAGAUGCGCUGCCAAUGAAGCCGAGUCAGCAGUUAUUGAAGUCAGGUGCAAAGAGGAAGCUGGAUAUCUCUGAGCUCGACGAGCCUGUUACUCAGCAGCCGUCGAACGAGAAUGAUGAUUUUGUCUUUCAACGCCGGCAAGAAAUCUGGAGCAACGCUACCGUCAACAGCAAAAAGGCCUCCAGAUUUACGAGGCCACCAGGUCGAGAGAGCGGGGAUGCGACAGACCUUGCAACGCAAGCAAGCCCUCAGAAGCCCGCGAGCGCCACCAGGAAGAUACUUGCACCCAAGAGUACAAAUUCACCAGCUAAGAGGAGGGUACAGGUGCCCGAGAAACUCAAAGACAAUCGAGAUCUUCAGGAAAACCACCCAAUCAUCAAGCCGACACGCCAGAAAGACCGUCAAGCACAUGUGAUUAUUGAAACGUCGAAUGAUCAAGAUGGUAAGGAUAUUCCGCCAAAGACUCCAGCUGCCGAAGCCGGCGACAUUCUAUCACCUAUAUCCACAGAGCCAUCUUCUCGAACAUCCAACCAACCAAAAGAGGCGACAGUCUUGAACUCGGUAGAGGAUGUGCUUAACGGAAGCAUAGGGCGGGGAUCUCGCCGUGCGAGACCGCAAGUCAGUUACGCCGAGCCGAACCUGCGAGAUAAGAUGAGAAGGCCUAGCAAGGGAUUAGUGGGGGCGGUAGAGGGCAUAGAGAAGCAAAGAGAAAGUACUUCGAGCACUAGAGGCACAAGUAUGGAGCGGGCGAAAUCCGAAGAUGUCAGAGUCAAGCAGGAGAACGAAAUCAGCGGUGAGGAUGAAAGGUGGAGGGAUCCAGCAGUACCAGCCUCGACUGCUCGCAAGAAGGAGGAGCCAAUCAGUCCUUUGAGGGGGAAGGAGAGGAAGGAGAAAGAAGAUGAUGGGACCAGGAAGUCGGGCAAACAACUGGUACCCAACACUUCGGAUGAGCUUGAGAAGGCUGUCGAGCGAUUGAGUAUUUUUGACCAACCAUCCUCUUCUCCGAUCGACGAUUCGAAAGAAACGCGGACAGACACAGAAGGGCACAAAUCGUCAAGAAGUUCGGCAGCAGCAGCGAGACGAAAACCUUUGUCAAGCGCUACCACGACAACUAGGAGGCAUUCUAUGCAGCCUUCUUCCGCGUCUUCAGGUGGAUCCGCUGAGCUCCCUUCUGCUUCUCGCCAUUUUGGGGAUCCAUCAAAAUCCGACACACAAGCGCCACUUCCACGACCAAGCUCUGCGGCAAGUCUGCGUGGGGACGGUCUGUCCAGCGGCAGAACUUCAGCGGUCAAGGAUCUGAAGCGCUCGCACAGCGUGAGUUCCAGCUUGAAAGACAAAGAGCCCGCAACAUCUGGUGCCGAAACGGGACAUGCCGCGAAUUCGAGGGUUGAAAGAGCACUGAACCGACGGCGGAGUAUGAUGGUAUAG